UAUCUUGGAUGACGUGGGGGUGAGUAAAAUAUCAGGAAAUUUUAAUUUGAAAGUGGACUAAUCCUUUAAUAACAAUUGUCUACUUACAGUUUGUGGGUCACGUCACGUACGCUCUAAUUUCCGUCUGAGUGCGUGAUAAAUAUGAAGGCGUGAGAGUAGCCUGUCAAAGCUACUACGGCGCGCGCGCUGACACAGUGAUUGCCACGCGCUCUUUUAGCGCUCCCAUACAGUGAGUGAGCACGACUGAACAGAAUCUGACAUUUGUACGGCACUCGCGUGUAACGCUUUUAUCUCCGCCUAAAAAGUCUUCUGGUGUGCCGCUCUCUGUCAGUUACGCGAGUGAUGGUUAGCAGCGCCGUGCGCUCACUGAGGAAGGGCAUCUCGUGCCCGACACAAGACCCGAACUGCACGCGCAUCGUGGAAAGCCGCAUCGUGGAAAGCCUCUCCUCGUGGAACAACUCCGUGAUGAGCGCGUACAGACUGGUUGAUUUACCCCCCACGACCACAUCAGUUGCCAUGGUAGAAGAGUCAGUUUACCCUUUCCCAACGGUGGAUGUGCCUGAUCAUGCUCAUUACACCAUUGGUGCUGUCAUCCUUACUGUUGGCAUCACUGGCAUGUUGGGCAACUUCCUGGUCAUCUAUGCAUUUAGCAGGAGCCGGACCCUGAGGACACCUGCCAACUUGUUUAUAAUAAACCUGGCCAUCACAGACUUCCUCAUGUGUGCAACCCAGGCGCCCAUCUUUUUCACCACCAGCAUGCACAAGAGAUGGAUCUUUGGGGAGAAAGGUUGUGAGUUGUAUGCAUUCUGUGGGGCUUUAUUUGGCAUCUGCUCCAUGAUCACGCUCAUGGUCAUCGCCGUGGAUCGAUACUUCGUGAUCACGAGGCCGUUAGCCUCCAUUGGUGUGUUGUCUCAGAAGAGAGCUCUCCUGAUCCUUCUGGUAGCCUGGGCCUAUUCACUUGGCUGGAGCCUGCCACCCUUCUUUGGAUGGAGUGCUUAUGUUCCUGAAGGGCUGUUGACCUCUUGCACCUGGGAUUAUAUGACCUUUACACCCUCCGUGCGAGCUUACACUAUGCUCCUCUUCACCUUCGUCUUCUUCAUUCCACUUAUUGUCAUCAUCUAUUGCUAUUUCUUUAUUUUUCGUUCCAUUCGCAGCACUAAUGAAGCUGUGGGCAAAAUUAAUGGAGAUAACAAGAGGGACUCAAUGAAACGAUUCCAACGACUGAAAAAUGAGUGGAAGAUGGCGAAAAUUGCUCUUAUUGUCAUUCUCAUGUAUGUCAUCUCCUGGUCUCCAUAUUCAACUGUGGCACUGACAGCCUUUGCUGGGUAUGCUGACAUGCUCACACCGUAUAUGAAUUCAGUACCUGCUGUGAUAGCCAAAGCUUCAGCAAUCCACAAUCCCAUCAUCUAUGCCAUCACACACCCUAAAUACAGGUUGGCAAUAGCGAAAUACAUUCCAUGUCUUCGUGUGCUGUUGUGCGUCCCCAAGCGUGACCUCCACUCGUUCCAGAGCAGCUUAAUGUCCACACGCCGUUCCACCGUCACAAGCCAGUCCUCUGAUAUGUCCGGACAGUUCCGCAGAACCAGCACUGGCAAGUCCCGGCUCUCCUCAGCCUCCGACAGCGAAUCUGGCUGGACAGACACUGAGGCUGAUCUCUCGAGCGUGAGCUCCAGACCUGCCAGCCGGCAGGUGUCUUGUGACAUCAGCAAGGACACUGCGGAGAUCCCAGACUUCAAACCAUGUAACUCAUCCAGCUUCAAGUCUAAGCUCAAAAGCCAUGAUUCGGGUAUCUUUGAAAAGAGCUCCUCUGAUGUGGAUGUGUCUGUGGUCGGACUCGUUCAACCUGCUGGUGACAGUACGGACAUGCCAGUUUCAAGGGGUGCGAUUGGUCGGAUUCCCAGCAUUGUCAUCACCUCUGAGUCGAGCUCUUUCCUGCCCUCAGUACGGCCCAGCUACAGAAGCAGCCGCUCAAGUAUGUCCGGUGUUGGGGCAAAUCCGCCCAGAAGAGACUCUCGUGGAGGAGUCCAGCAGGGGGCAGUGCUUCUCUCCACUGCUGCUGAAACACCUGAGCCCACUCAUUUAGACAACCCUCGCCCUAAACAUCUCUAGUGUUUAUACCACUCGAAUCUUACCUUUUAAGCUUUGUGUCAGGGUUCAGUGUUUUUUUGUUUUGUUUUUUUAUGAGUUAUCAAGUUUUGUGGUGUAGACAUUUAGUAAGAGAGAGUUGUAUUACAGAAUGUAAAAUGUCAAAGUCACUCAUUGAUUAUCUUUUCUUUUACAUGUGUAAUACAAUUUUAUGAUGACCUCAACUGUUACAGGAUGACCAGCACCUUUGUUUCCCUCUAUUUUAAAGGGAUACUUUAGCCUCAAGUAAUUCCAAACCUGUAUAAAUUUCUUAGUUCUGCUAAACACAAAGAAAGAUUUUUGGAAGAAUGUCAGUAACCAAACAGAUCUUGCCCCCCAUUUAAUACCAUAGUAGGUAGUCUAGAUCAGUGGUUCCCAAACUGGGGUACAGAAGGGGGUACGCGAACAAAAUGCUGAGAAGUUCAUUCAAUUCUUCCUUAAAAUAAUAUUAAAAUCGAGCAUCUAUUUCUAAC